AUGAUAGCUGCGCCGCUAGCUUGCAGAAAAUGCCAGGAGCCCAGCGCGACGUCGUCAACUCGCCUCACGUCCAAGGGCUGCAUCGGUGUCACUCUACGUGGCAGAUUCGGUAGACAGGCAAACACCGCUUCUGUCGCUUCAGCCUUGAGCCUUGCCCUUCAGACUGUGGGACGCGGCAUUUCAGGUGGCCCCAUCAGAGGCCAGUGGUCUGCGACAAAAAGAUCUGAUUCGGAGGUUCGCAUGCUGUUUACUGGCCGCUGGGAGGGAUGCGAUGUGUUCGGUCAACGGUGCGGUGCGUGGCUCGAUGCUUCCGAGGGCUACGAAGCGUGCAGGCGUCUCUCUCGGGUCUCUUGGUCUAGAGACGUCGACGACCGGCGGAUAUGUCCCAUCAGAGGCAACACAGCGGCUUGGCAGAAACCAGUAAGCUUUCUGAGAGCAGAAGGUGGGCUCGGUGGGGAGCGUAGAUGCCAGACGGUGCAAAUGGGGGGGUUUUUGCCAAGUGAUUAG